CCUCGUCGUCCUUCACCUCACCUCACUGGCGACUGCCGCUCCCUCGCCCGUAAGCAUACGUGGCGACAAAGCUCUUGCGCAUUGGACGUGACGACCUAUAUGAUACACGAGCCUUCAUGACAUCCAACGCGAAAGCGAACCCUCCAUCGGCUACGAGCACUCUUGUCCCCGAGUCUUUUCUGGAUGUACCUACUCAAAGAUUAUACGCGUUGAGCAUUGGUGCCCUUUGCCAGGCCAUCAAAGCCUUCGACUUCCUGCGAUACUUGGUCCUACCAGAUGCUGCGAAUGGGGCCUACGUCAAAAAAUGGCUUACCUUCGACUUCCUCUUCUGCGUCUGUCUUGCACAACUCCGAAUACCGCGUCUGAAGUAUAGCAAGUCCGUCGUUGCUUUGCAGAUACUGUUAAUAUGGAUCCUCGAUGGGCUCAUGUUUGGUGGGAUCACGGUGAAUGUGGGAGGAACACGGUCUUGGACAGUUGUACCUUCGCUCGGCCUCGCCAACCGAGCAGGCAUUGCUUCGACGCCUCCUGGCUCCGGACUUUGGAGCAUACUCCCUAGCUUUGGUCUUGGCUCUAUCUCUGGCUCGAAUGGAGGAAAGGAUGCGCACCUCUUGGGUCAACAUACCGUCAGGAUGUCUCCCAUCAGCACGGCGUACCUCAAUCCCUACGGACAGACAUUCUGUCUGGCAUCAUCCAGUCAUAGCGUUCUCGUACCACUUCUUCUUAACAACACCUCCCCUCCGAGCGUGCGCUAUUCACUUGUACCUUUGGGGUAUGUCGAAGGGUCCGGAGCAAAAAUCGAGCGAGUGGAUCUGUCCGCAAAAGAUCUGAAGGCUAUCGAGAAUGCCCGCCUGGAGGACCUCCAAAUAGCACGAAGCUCGGCGACAAAACGCGAGGAUGACGACUAUGACGACUACGACGAUGAUGAAGACGAGCAAACUGGGACUGACUCGCCUACAAAACUGCAGAAGACACAAAGCAUGACAUAUAUUCGGAUCAGCAAGCCCGGGACGGUGCGGCUCGACCGCGUCCUGGACUCCUCCAGCGAAGCUCGACUUGUCUAUCCAGGCGAGGUUACCAUUGUACCCUGUCCUCGAGCGGAGUUCGUACCGGACAAUAUCGCAGAUACGCGGUGCGCUACACCUGGGAUCACCGGGGGCGCUGGUGAAGAGCUCAACCUCCACAUUGAUGUCUAUGGCGUUCCCCCGCUCAGCCUACGCUGGUACAAAGAAGUCGACGGAAGGAGAGAGUCAUUCAUGGUCGAGGGUAUCGAGAGUUCGGGUCACGCACACCGUCGGUCAAUUGACGAGAACCGCGCGCUGGAACGUGCACCAACGCAGCGACCUGCCGCAGAACUGCGUAUCCCCUUGACGGUGUCUCUUGACGCCCUCGGCACGCAUUCCUAUGUAUUAGAGGCUGUCACGGACGCCAUAGGAAAUGUCGUUCAUGCAGGGUCGACGGCCUCUCCACCAGACUCCACUGUUCCAGGUGCUCUGCACAAACUAGGAGUCGUACCUGCCCACAACGCCUCACUUUCUCGCACGCGUCGCUCUGUUAGCGUUUUGCGCCGCCCCAGUGUCUUGUUCGAGGCUUGUAGCCCCGGCACCCCCGUUUCUUUGUUGAUCGGCUCUGACUCCCCUCUCGUCAUCUCCGCCAAGAAUGCGGACUCGUUGGAUGGUCCCUGGGACGUCAACGUACGCUAUCAGCCACUUGAAGUCGAGGAUAGUGGCAAGAAGGAUGCUAAACGACACAAGCCGUGGACGAAGAAUGUGCAAUUGCCUCAAGGACGUCGCGAUGUCACAUUCCGUGUGAAUGAACCCGGGGAGUAUACAUUGGUUGGGGUUAAAGGCAGGUAUUGCGAAGGCGAUAUUCUGAGCCCGGACACGUGCAAGGUGGUAGAGAGGCCCUAUCCGACCGCAGAGAUCGAGUGGAAGAAGAUUCACGAAUGUUCGGGAGAUACGGGGGUGUCUGCAUCCCUGGUCUUACAUGGGACACCUCCCUUCCAGGUCUAUUACCGUAUGCAGCGCGACAAGGAGCCACCCAGGGAAAUUUCCAAAUCAUUCACCAACUCCAGGGGCGAACUCACCAUUCAACCAGAGCGCAGCGGUCACUAUACCUUCACAUUCCUGUACCUGAGCGACGCAAACUAUAAGAAGGUUGACCUUAACGGGCCCAGCAUCGACCAAGUAGUGCAUCCACCUGCAUACGCCGAGUUUUCGCACCGCGAGCCCAUUGGCAGAGGAAAGAGAAAGAUCAGCAGUUGCUCAGGCAGCACCGUCGACGUCGAUAUUGAUCUUCGCGGUACUGGGCCUUGGACCCUUGAAGCGCAAAUCGUUGGUCCUAAAGGCUCCGAGGUAGUGCGAGUGCCAAACGUCUCCAACUCACGUCACACACUCAAUCUUCCGAUACCAAAAGCCGUCGAUCGGGACGGUGGCUCCUUUGAGAUUGACCUCGUUAGCGUUGAAGAUUCGUACGGGUGCAAGCGUUCUCUAUCUGUUCCUGGCAUAGCCGUCAACGUUCGCCGGGUCAAGCCUACAGCCAAAUUUUAUGGCAAAGCAGAGGACCGCCAUAUUACGACUCUUGACAAUGAGCAAGUGGCGCUCCCACUACGCUUGACUGGUGAUGGGCCAUGGCGAGUGAAAUACAGACACGUCGAUUACCCAGGCAAAGUACUAUCCGCCACGGUGUCAUCGCCUAACGGGGAACUGCAUGUCAUGGAGAAAGGAGUGUAUGAGUUGCUCGAGGUUUCCGAUUCACAAUGCCCGGGAUCAGUGGUUCUGCGCGAUUCUACAUAUAGCGUGGACCAUGUUCCGCGCCCAUCUGCGAAGUUAUCCCCAGAGAUCCAAUCUACGUAUGAGCCAUACAACGGGUCACACAUUCUCCCGCCAAUCUGUGAAGGUGCUCACGAUCAUGUAGACCUUGAUUUGACUGGCCGGCCACCGUUCCAGAUCAUGUACAACGUUGCGAGGGACAACGACGCAGGGGGUACGAAGAUUCUGGAUCAGCCCACGUUCAGCAGCAUCCAGCCGCGGACCAGUUUCCAACUUCAUACCAGCGAAGCAGCCCGCAUUUACUACGAAGUCAAACAGAUCGGCGACGUAGCGUAUCCGUUGGCUAAGAACAAGGACGCCGUCAUACCACGCUCCGAACGCUUGCUCUUUGAGCAGCAGGUACUCACGCGCCCGUCCGCUCGCUUCCGUAGCCUUAGUCGCCUCUCGUACUGCUUGAAUGAUGUCCUGCUCCCGCAAGAUCCCAGCAUUCAGGAUGGGGCAGUUAUCUUGGAGGGCACCGCACCGUUCAAGGUCAAAUUGGCCAUCCGGAAUGUGGCUACGAGUAAUGUCCACCGGGAGGCUCUCGACGUCCAUGAGAAGACGUGGAGGCUCAAUGUCCCCAAAUACACGUUCAACUCCAUCGGACCACAUCUUGUCACCAUCGAGGGCGUCCAGGACGCGUCGCAUUGCGAACAGGCGGUCCCAGAUCCGUUGUAUCGCUCGAUUUACGUGGAUGUCGCCGAGACGGCGGCGAUCGUGCCGUUUGAUAGGAGAGAAGACUUCUGUGUUGGCGAUGUCACGCAGUUCCAGCUCGAGGGCAUUCCACCGUGGACUAUUGGCUACCGCGUCAACGGCAAGUCCUACACGCAAGAAGCCAAGAUCUCUCCUUUCUCGAUCGCGCAGCAGCAGCCGGGAGAAUUCAACAUCACGUCCAUCGCACACCAGCAGAAGAUGUGCAAGACCGCGGUGACAGACCUACGCUACACCGUGCAUUCCCUUCCUGCCGCACGCGUCGGCCACGGCAAGAGGAUUGUGCAGGACAUACACGAGGGCGACCAGGCGGAGAUCAUCUUCACGCUCAUCGGGGAACCUCCAUUCACGUUCACCUACCAGCGGGCAGAGCUCACCAGCAAGAAAGGUCAGCAGGGCAAGGUGCUCGAGACUCAUACGGUAUCGGGCGUGACGACAAAGGAGUAUUCGGUCUUCUCAGCACUCGAAGGUACAUGGACUGUCACAUUCAUCGCGGAUCGGUACUGCAGGUAUCCGCCAAUGCAACCGGACGGUGCGGAUAAGUCAAGAUAGGCUGUGAUGGUAAAAGUAUCUAUGUAUAUAAUGGUGUCAGACGUGCACCCUCUCUGUUUGUAGCUCUAAGUAUAAUAUCCCCGGGGUUCU